AUUGCUCUAUGGUUUUCGAACUUGGUUUAGCGCGCCAAUUUUUUAGUAGUUACAAUUUUGAUGGAGUAAUAUUUACUUUGUAAUUUGUUUUUCGACGCAAAUUGUGCGCUAUGUGUUCGACUGGAAAUAUUUUAAACAUCUACGCUGUAAAGUUAUGUUUAACGCCUGGUGUAUUGAAGAAAGCAGAAGAGUUGCUGCGUUUGCUGGAGCUGAAGACCGCCUCGGGCUGCUCGCUGGCGAUCAGCGAGGCGUGCCGAGCCGUCAUCUGCCUCGACUUGGCUGCGGCUUCGCUGGGAGUCCGCUGCGAAAAGGCCGGCGCCAUAAAGCUGUCGGGCGUCAAGAAACCGGUCUACCUGUGUAGCUAUCACGUGGUGAAGAAGCUGCUGGGCUUGAACGAGCAGCUACACGUCAAGGAUCUCUGCGUGAGGCUGGACGUCGAGGAGGCCGCCUCGCUGGCCUCGCAACUCGUGGACAGCUUCUUGGCAGAGAAGCCAUCAGACUCACACCAUCCCAUGUAUCCAACAGUUGCCGUGUUAGCGGCGUGCAGGCACCUGAAGCUGAGAGUUGAUAAGCGUAACCUGGUGGAGAUGAGUGGCCUGAAGAGGUCGGCGUUUGACUCCCUCUUUGCGGAGUUUGGCAAAAUACUGGAGCGGGUAGCGCCUCCGGGUAACAGAAUGGCAAAGAAGCGAACUCAUGUCCUCGCUGAUGUCAUACAGAAUUCUAUAAAAGCCUCACAGAAAACAAUGGCAGCAGAAAAACAGGACGAGUCUGAAUCCGGACUAGAGCCACCAGAAGAUUAUAAUGACUGGAAGAAGAGAAUCCUUCUUCAAGCAUCAUCUGGCCAUCAACCAUUGUGAUCUUGAUUUUUUAUUAUUGACAGUGAUGUCAGUUUUGUUUUUGAAAUGUUAGUUUUGGUUUGAACAAUGGGGAAGCCUGAACUUUAUUCGUACCUGUUUGUGAUUUUUGUUCAAUUAUAUCUUCAGUGUGUGAAUAUUUUUGACUUUUGUUGUAAAUAAAUAUAUGAUUGAUUCUAG